UUUAUGAAGACACAGCUAUGUGUUUUGUAUGGUCUUUCGAGCGCUCAAAAACGAACGGGAAUUGAAUGUGUAAACUGUAAAACCAACUCCACAACACUAUGGAGGCGAAACGCUGCUGGACAACCGGUUUGCAAUGCAUGCGGCUUAUACCAUAAGCUUCAUAAUGUGGAAAGGCCAAUUUCAAUGAAAAAAGAAGGCAUACAGACACGUAACCGUAAAAUUAGUACCAAAUGUAAGAACAAAAAACGGAAUCCACAAGAACCACAAUUUUACGAUAUGAUAAAGCCGCAGCCGACACCAUACGGUGAUAUGAAAUUUCACAUUCCGACGGCGCAUGCUUAUAUCCCAGCAGCUACACAACCGGCAUAUUCGACGCCAUUUUUGUUUCAUGCUCAAUAA